AAAUGGAGAAUACAGAAGCAGGAAACUAAAGCUGAGAGAUGUCCUGGAAAUCACACCAGAAAGUCUAAAGAACUGCCCUCCUCAGACAACAGGAGAUUUACCUUGGCAUUUCCUCAGGAAGCUCAUGGCUCUGAAUGGGAUGGCAAGAAGCACAAGCCUUGAGCAGAGGGCACCCACUGAUCAAACACUAACUAUGGACAAAGAGGAGCUGGAUAUUCCUGAAGAUUUUUCUUUUCUCAGUGACACAGACACCAGUGAUUCCCUGCACCCCCUUGAUGUUCUCUGUGCCAUUCUGCUUUCCUCAGACAGUUUCCUACAGCAGGAGAUCCUGUCCAAAAUGUCCAUGUGCCAGUUUGCCCUCCCUCUGCUGCUACCCGCCCUCGACACCCCCAAGUGCACCCUACUGCUGUGGGCCAUGAGGGACAUUGUGCGGAAGUGGAGGCCCCACUCCCUGGCAGAGAGCAGAGGGUUCAGAGAGGAGAGCCUGGUGCUCACAGCAAUGCCAACCAUUUCCUUUGUGCGGAUUGGGAAUUGCAGCUUCUCCAAGUCCCACCUCCUCAAUGAGGUUCUCAGCCCCUCCCAGCAGCACCACGAUUUCUUUGUCCACUGGGACAUGGAGUCUGGGAACGUCCCACAGGCAAUCGCAGAUGGGCUGGUUGAGAUUUCCUGGUAUUUCCCUGGUGGGAUGGGGAAUUCAGAUCUUUUCCCAGAACCUGUCGCGGUUACAAAUCUGCAUGGAGAUAUUGAGUCGCAUUGGGUGCAGUUUAGCUUUUUAACAGAGAUCUCCUCAGCAGUGUUCAUAGUUACUGAGAGCAUCAGUGAGAGAGAAUAUGCGCUGUUAUCAUCUCUGCGGGGAUCAGCCACUAAAUACUACUUCAUCUUCAAUAAUCAGGCUGGGAAAGCCAAGGAAACACUGGAAUUCCUGAAAAAGUUAGUACCAGUGCUGAAACUGAACAAGUCACAUAUGCUGUGGAAAGGAGGUACCACAAAUAAGGCACAAUUUGUAAAAGUUCUGCAGUCUGCAAUAGCAGCCGUAAUGAAAUCUUCUCCCAAGAGAGUGAGUAUAGAAGCCAUGGCUGAGACAGCACAUGAAUUAGGCAUCCAGGUAGAUGAGGAUAACAAGGAAUGUCAGACCGCAAACACAUAUGCAAAGGAAAUCACUGCACAAAUAAAAGAUGUGGCAAAGUACAAGAGGGAAAAGCUGAGACUCCAAGGGGAGACAUGGAGAAACUUGGCUGAAGUGGAAAAAGAGUUGUGCCGAAUGAGAAAGCAAGGAGACACCCCACUUGAGAACUAUAAAUCUCAGCUGAAAAAGAAAGUAAUGGAUUUACGUGCUCAGCAGAAUAAACAUGACCUUACUGAUGGUUUGAUUACAUUUAUUACUGGAAUAAGACUACUACCUCCCAUGGAGAAACAUUACUUCCUGAAAUGGAUGAAGUUUGGCCUGGAUCACAUUGCUAGGGAGAAUCUUUCUAAACUACGGGAUCAAUAUAAAGAGAAAUGCAAAAACUCAAAAGAUGACCCCAAAAUGUUUGCAGAGUUAGACAAAUUAAUCUCUGCCAGUUCCUUAGGAGUGGAGCAUUUCAUGCGUGAGUUGGGGCAGUUUUAUGAAGCGGAAUGCUCAAUGGUUAAAGAAGGUAAAAUGGCAGAAAGCCAAAGGCAAUUCACCCAUCUCCCAGGCAUAGCAGCUGACCUCAUGCUGGAAGGGUUUCCCAUGGAGAUCAUUGAUGGAGACGUUUCCAACAUCCCACUGCAGUGGGUAACAGAUGUUCUGAGUCAGCUUCAUGCCAAGCUGGGGGGAAGGUCCAAAAUGCUGGUUCUGACGGUGCUGGGAGUACAGAGCACUGGGAAAUCCACCCUCCUCAACACCAUGUUCGGCCUGCAGUUUGCAGUGAGCUGUGGCCGAUGUACACGAGGAGCCUUCAUGUUACUCAUUAAAGUGGCAGAGGACUUUCAGCAGGAACUGGGCUCUGAUUUCAUCCUGGUGAUAGACACAGAAGGCUUGAAAGCCCCCGAACUAGCCAAGCUGGAGGACAGUUAUCAACAUGACAAUGAGCUGGCCACCCUGGUGAUUGGACUGAGUGACAUAACGAUUGUUAACAUGGCCAUGGAGAAUGCCACUGAAAUGAAAGAUGUUCUGCAAAUUGUGGUCCAUGCAUUUCUCAGAAUGGAGAAAAUCGGGAAAAAAACCAACUGCCAGUUUGUGCAUCAGAACGUCAGUGACGUGUCUGCACAUGAACAAAACAUGAGGGACAGGAAACACCUCCUGGAACAGUUGAAUGAAAUGACCAAAGCUGCAGCAAACAUGGAAAAGAAAUGCAAGGAGAUGAAAUUUUCUGAUAUUAUGGAUUAUGAUCUGGAAAAACACAAUUGGUACAUUCCUGCUUUGUGGCACGGAGUCCCCCCCAUGGCUCCAGUGAAUUUGGGAUACAGUCAAAAGGUUUAUGAAUUAAAGAAAUAUUUGUUUGAAUUUCUGAAAGAUUGUUCACAAGAGAGAACUCCCAAUGACAUUCCCCAAUUUCUUGAAUGGGUGAGGAGCCUGUGGAAUGCUGUAAAACAUGAGAACUUCAUUUUCAGCUUUAGAAACAGCCUUGUUGCUGAAGCCUAUAACCAGCUGUCUGUGAAGUAUGCAGAGUGGGAAUGGGGUUUCCGGAAGGAGAUACAUUUCUGGGUAUCUGAAAAGGAAACUUUCAUCCAAAAUCAGCCACCGGAUAAACUAGACACUAGUGUUUCAAUCAGACUAAAGAGUGAGGCACAGGAAAAACUGAGGCAAGAAGCAGAGAAGAUUUUGAAUCAUUUACAACAGUAUUUUGAAAGUGGAGCAGCAAAUCUGCACCUGAUAGAAAAGUACAAAGAAGAUUUUAGAAGAAGUGCCAAUAGUCUCAGGAAUGAACUGGAGAGUUAUUCAUUCAGCAAGUGGCAAGAAGCGAUUCAUAUUAAAAAAGGCCAACACAAAACAGACUCUGUCCUGUCAGAGUACAAGAGAAAAAUUGAAGAGAAAGUGGAUGGGCUUCUGAACCAUUGCAGGAAAAGCAACUGCAAAUUAAAUAAUGAUGAACUGGAGAAGGAAUUUGAGAACAUGUGGACAGAAACAUUGUCAGAAUUAUCACUCAUUCCUUUACAGAGACGCAACAUAUUUGAAGAUGUGGAGUUCCAGCUGAGAAGAGACCUAGCAGAUAGGGGCAGUGCAGUCUGGAAGAUGUUACAGGAUGCCAAAAGCUUGUGUGCUUAUGAA